GCUGUUGUUGUCGUACGGUCGUUUUUCCCAGGAAAAUUAAUCAUUUACCUUAAACUUUCUAUUUUCUCCCAUAUUCAAUUCAAUUCAAUUAGAGGCUCUUUUUUGUUUCCUUGCUCAGAUUUUUUUUUUUUUAAAAAAAUAGAGAGCGGGCUGGAUACCCAAUUCAAUUAGGGGCUCUUUUCUGCUUGGUUGUUCAGAUUUUUUUUUUUUUUAGGGAGAGCGGGGUGGAUAUUUAAGCCCUUCCCACUCUCCCAUUCGAAGAUCUCCAGGCGACUCUGAAAGGUGGGGUCCCUCCGCCUCAUUAAUCGUGGUGAAGGAAACGGAAUUUAUGAGCACGAGAUUACCAUAAUCGAUACUCGGGGAUGGUUUGAACUUUGGAGAGUGGUGGAGCUUCUUCUCAUCAUUUCAAUGAGGAAUAGCGUCUAUAUGGAUCCUGCUCAGAAGUUCUCCUUGCUGCUGUUAUUUCUUGGAUUGGUCUGUGUAUUAGCGAGCGCCUCUUCUCUUAAGGAUGAUUUUGAGCAUUGCGAAAGAGUUGUCCAGGAAUGGGCUUUUUCUUCUCUUGAAGAAGAAAUCAAAGCAGACAAACACACAUUAAGGGAUUUGCUGUUCUUCCUGCACGUCCCUAGAACAGGAGGACGGACAUAUUUUCAUUGUUUUUUGAGAAAGUUGUAUCCUAACUCUUUGGAGUGCCCCCGAUCUUAUGAUAAACUGCGAUUUGAUCCAAGAAAGCGCAAAUGCAGGUUGCUGGUUACUCAUGAUGACUACAGCAUGGUAUCCAAGCUUCCAAAGCAGAGCACGUCAGUAGUGACAAUACUCAGGGAUCCAGUUGACCGUGUCUUUAGUACUUAUGAAUUUUCAAUAGAAGUAGCAGCUAGGUUUUUGGUGCAUCCUAAUUUAACUUCUGCAACACAAAUGGCUAAACGAUUGCGUGCUAAAACAACUGGUGUAAGCACACUGGAUAUAUGGCCCUGGAAAUAUUUGGUUCCAUGGAUGAGGGAAGACCUUUUUGCUCGUAGAGAUACUAGAAAGCAUAGGGGCUUAAAUGACAUCAUGAGCAGUGACCCAUAUGACACGCCGGAGAUUGCUAUGCCAUUGCAUGAGUACAUUCAUGAUCCUAUUGCUCAUGACAUAGUUCACAAUGGAGCAACAUUUCAGGUUGCAGGUUUGACAAACAACUCCUAUACUCCAGAAUCACAUUUUGUGCGCCAUUGUGUGCAAAAGUACAAGGCUCUUGGUCAUCAUGUGCUUCAAGUAGCAAAGAAAAGAUUAGAUGAUAUGUUAUAUGUUGGUCUUACUGAAGAACACAGAGAAUCUGCAACCAUGUUUGCAAAUGUAGUUGGUUCGCAAGUGAUUUCCCAGCUCAGAGCAUCAAGUUCAAAAACAAAGGGAAGUGCUGGCAAGAAAUCAGAAUGGAGCUCUUUGACUUCGGAGUCCAAGUCCAAUAAUAAUAAUAUUGAUCAGAACAGCACUUCAAAUCAAAAUAGAAGUGAAAUUGCUUCACCUGAAAUUGAUGAAGCUGUAAAUGAGAAUAUGACUGUGGGAGAACUCAUGGAUUCUUAUGAAGUAUGCAUAUCUAGUUUACGCAAGUCCCAGACACAACGACGCACUUCUUCUUUGAAGAGAAUCGCACCAGCAAACUUCACCAAGGAGGCACGCCAACACAUCUCUGCUGUGGUCCUUCAACAGAUAAGGUCACUUAAUCACCUUGAUCUGGAACUCUACAAAUAUGCCCAGGGCCUUUUUGCAAAGCAGCACAGACGCACAAUGCAGAAUUUUGUUGGAAUGGAGGGAUUAGAAAGCUUGUUCAACAAUUCAUAUACCAUCUCGGGUUGGAAGCUUCUUUCAGUAGGCACAAUUGUUGUCUCACUUCUUAUCACCUUUAUACUUGUAAAUGCUCGACGAAGAACGUUGAAACUCAAGAUAUGAUUCAUCGUGUGCUGUAAUUACUAUUUACCUUAAAAAAAUUUAGGAAACAGGUGAAAGAAAAAGAACCCACAUUUUUGUAUCGGAUGCCAGUUUAUAUAAAUUGGGAUUUUUGGUGGUA